CUCCAUCCCCCUUACUAUUUCUUUAACAAAUUCGACGGCGAUCCGCUUAUCGCAGGUAACCCGGAGCCAAGCGAAGGAACGGCAUAAAACCUGGAAAGGCGACGCCUUUGGGCUUCGGCUUCGAUUCCGAGAGAAAGAGAGAGGGGGAAGAGGAGAGAAGGGAAGAGGGUAGGAAAAGGGGCGCGGGGGGCGAGAGAUCUCGCUCUUUCUCUCUCUCUCUCUUAGAGCAAUGGAGGUGGACAGCAUCGACUGCAUGUCAUCGUCGGAUGUGAUGGAUGAGGAGGCGGUCACCCUGCUUCACCACCACCCGUCCUCGAAGCCCCACGGCGGCGGCGCCGCCGUUCCGCCAGGGAUUUCUCCCGCCGCCACCAGCGUCCACGAGCUUCUCGAGUGCCCGGUCUGCACCAAUUCCAUGUACCCCCCGAUCCACCAGUGCCGGAACGGGCAUACACUGUGUUCAGCAUGUAAAACAAGGGUACACAACCGCUGCCCUACUUGCAGGCAGGAGCUUGGAGAUAUCAGGUGUCUAGCUUUGGAGAAGGUGGCUGAAUCACUUGAGCUCCCCUGCAAGUAUAGCUCACUAGGGUGUCCAGAAAUCUUUCCCUACUACAGCAAGCUCAAGCAUGAAGCUCAGUGCAACUUCAGACCAUACAACUGCCCAUAUGCAGGGUCUGAAUGCUCUGUGGUUGGGGACAUUCCUUUCUUGGUCACACAUUUAAGGGAUGACCAUAAAGUAGACAUGCACAGUGGAUGCACAUUCAACCAUCGGUAUGUGAAGUCCAAUCCACGAGAGGUUGAAAAUGCUACCUGGAUGCUGACUGUCUUCCACUGUUUCGGGCAGUACUUCUGCUUGCACUUUGAGGCAUUCCAGCUAGGAAUGGCCCCUGUGUACAUGGCAUUUCUGCGCUUCAUGGGCGAUGAGAAUGAAGCAAGAAAUUUCAGCUACAGCCUUGAGGUUGGGGCCAAUGGCAGAAAGCUGAUAUGGGAAGGCACACCCCGGAGCAUCCGCGACAGCCACCGCAAAGUGCGGGACAGCCAUGAUGGCCUCAUAAUCCAGAGAAACAUGGCACUCUUCUUCUCCGGGGGAGAGAGGAAAGAGCUGAAGCUGCGGGUUACAGGUCGAAUAUGGAAGGAGCAACAAAACCCUGAGUCUGGAGUGUGCAUACCCAAUCUCUGUAACUGAAAGAAGUAUAGCUGUAAAAUUUGCAUCUCUCAAAUCCACAAUGUGUGACUGUUAUCGUUGUGAAUCUGUGAAAUUGGCAUCUCCCAAAUCCACCUUCUGUCGCUGCUAUCAUCGUUACUUGUUGACAGCACUGUUUGCCAUUUUAUAUUUAAGUCAAGGAUGGAGGGAGAGAUGAUGUGAAUUCUUUAAUAACAGGAUUUAAGUUGUGAAUUGUCUAAUAAAUAUUAAGGCCUUGUC